AACUUCAUCAUAAAAAGCUUAAUUGACUCUUUGGGUUAUUUUGUUCAUUCCGUCAGUGGUUGUUAAGGCGGAUAGACGUUCAUUUUGACUCGGAUUUGAAAAGCGUGAGUAAUUUGCAAAAAUGGAAGCCGUAGUGUUUGACGGUAACAAGUUAUCUCUCAGCUUCGAGAAGAACUACCCCAUGCCACAGAUUAUAAACGACGAUGACGUCAUAGUUAAAGUGCACUACUCUGGUAUCUGUGGUACUGAUCUGCAUAUUAUACAGGGAGAGUUCCCCGCCAUCAAAGAUCGCCCGAUCGCGCUCGGCCAUGAAUCUUCAGGAGUCAUCCACGCAGUCGGCAAGAAAUCUAUGUUCAAAGUAGGACAGAAAGUUGUGAUUGACCCUAACACAGCGUGCAACACGUGCGAUUUCUGUCGCAAAGGCAACUACCAGUACUGUCUAACAGCAGGCAUUAACAGCACUAUUGGUAUUUGGAAGGAUGGUGGAUGGGCGCAGUACGUUAGAGCUCCCCAGAGUCAAGUCUUUGCUUUGCCUGAUGGAAUUACUACUGAACAGGCGGGUCUAUGCGAGCCAUACUCCUGUGUCUCUCACGGAUUCGACCGCGCCUCACCUAUCAAAGUCGGUGAAAAGAUUCUCAUUCUCGGAGCUGGUAUUAUUGGUAACCUAUGGAUCACGACCCUGCAUCAUCACGGACACAGGGAAGUCACUGUCUCCGAGAUGAACCCGACCAGAUUGGACAUCGUCAAGAGAUUGGAUACUGGAUACAGGCUGGUCACUCCUGAUGUUCUGGCUAAAGAGAAGACUACAUAUGACCUCAUCAUUGACUGCACAGGAGUGGGCAAGGUGAUGGAGAUCAGCUUCAACUACCUGAAGGAGGGAGGGAAAUACGUGCUCUUCGGAUGCUGUCCUCCUUCGCAUACUUCCACUCUGAACCCCUUCGACAUUUACAACAAAGAGUUGACCAUCAUUGGAGUCAAGAUCAACCCGUUCAGCUUCCCCAGUGCCAUUAGCUGGCUUAAGGCUAUGGGCAGCAGGUAUCUGGAUUACCACAAGCUCGGAGUGAAGACCUACCGUCUCUCACAAUACAAGGAUGCCUUAGAAGACUUAAAGAAGGGUUGUGUCGCCAAAGCUGUGUUCAAGGUCUGCGACUAGAAGAUUGUUAAAUGUAUCUAUUAUCUACUAAAAUAUAUAAAAAAUAUGUUAUAAUGUUUGUUGUAUAUUAGAUUUUGGAAUAGAUUUUGAUUUUCUUUUUA